AUGAAGACUGCCCUUGCCGCUCUCGUCUUCUCCCUGGCAUCCCUCGUCAGCGCCUAUCCCAUCACCGGCGAUGUCGUCAACUGCCGCACCGGCCCCGGCACUAGCUACAGCAUCAAGAAGUCCUACAAGAAGAACCAAGACAUCUCCAUCAGCUGCCAAACGGCGGGAACCAGCGUCAACGGCAACAACAUCUGGGACAAGACCGCCGACGGCUGCUACGUCGCCGACUACUACGUCAAGACGGGCUCCAGCGGCUACGUGACCAAGAAGUGCACCGCUUCGUCCGGCGGCGGCUCCUCGUCCUUGAGCUACUGCAAGACCAUCAACACCGCCGGCGUCGAUCUCAUCGCCAAGUGGGAGGGCUUCGUCGCCAGCCCAAAGCCCGACCCCAUUGGCCUGCCCACGGUUGGCUACGGCCAUCUCUGCCAGCAGAAGAACUGCAGAGAGGUGAAAUACAAGUUCCCCUUGACCAAGGCCACCGCCAAGGAGCUGCUGCUGGACGACCUGCCCAAGUACACAAAGUGCCUCGCCGACUACCUCAACGACAAGCCCAAGCUCAACGCCAACCAGUGGGCGGCCCUGACGUCCUGGGUCUUCAACGUCGGCUGCGGCAACGCCAAAACAUCGACUCUCGUCAAGCGCCUCAACAACGGCGAAGCUGCCAACACCGUUGCCGCAGAGGAGCUUCCCAAGUGGCGCAUGGCAGGAGGAAAGGUUCUGCCAGGCCUCGAGGCUCGCCGAAAGGACGAAGUCAAGUUAUUUAAGACGGCGUCAUCCAAGCAGGCGUAUCCAAAGUGCCAGUAG